AUGCCGCGCCGCCAGGCGGCGCUCGGGCCGACUGUGCAGCCGGUGGGCGCUGGGCCCUGUGCCGCGGGGCUCGACCGGGCGGCGGCCGCCGGGCGCAGUUCCGUUGCAAUCCCCUCAUCCCCUCCGCCGCUGGGGUCGGACGCCACCUCCGUGGCCGGCAUGUCUCCCUGCCCCGUGGACGCCGGCGGCAACAAACCCAGACCUGCUGGGUCCGCCACGACGACGCCGACCAGCUCCUCCGCCCUCUCGCCGGCAGCGCCCCCCUUCUUCCUGGGUCGCUCGAUGCGCCGGGGGAAGCAGCUCCGAUGGAGAGACGACACCCCACCCCUCUCCAACGACGACGGCUCCCCGUCCUACCGCGACAUCCUGCUGCCGCAACCGAGGGCGACCACCCCUGCUUCAUCCCCGGCGGCGGCGCAGGUCGACGCGCCGGCUCUAACACCCACUCUCCGCCCCAUCGUGGUGCUGCCUCGACGGGGCGAGGGUGGGCACCGCAAGCGUCCAAAUCGGCGGGGCCAACGGCUACCCUCUCCGCCACCCUAG